CACGUUUUCCCUUUAUCGAACUCCCGUCGCUGAUGACAACAACGGAGGAGCUUGUUCAACCUCGACGACCACGACACCAACCAUUUGACUCGACGACGGCGACGACCACGACCACGACGACGAACUUAUAACACCGCCACUCAUUCAUACGUCAUCGCGAGUCCAUCGUGUAGCGCCUUUCAUAAAUACGACCUUCAAUCAACACACCCACGACCAGCCGCCGACCUCCUCGCCAGUCGCGAAUUAGCCUCGCUCCCGCCGCAUCCCCCGGAUCCGCCCAUUUCCACUUUGCCAAUCCAUAAUCUCCUCCGCAAACUCGCAGCCUACGAGUCGCAUUCGCCCCCGGUCACGAUUGACAAAGUUGACGACGUCUCGAUUCCUGACUUACGAACUCCGACGUGUUAUUGAUUACGACUUAACCGCGUGCCGGUUGCUCAGGGGUACACGCGCCCCUCUACGACCCAUUCCCCGCGAUUAGCUGUUGGAAACGGACGGACUACCGCCUCAGCAUAUACCGAUACACCUCUAAUUAUGGCUGUCUUUGCCAUCAACGACCGAACGGAAGAGUUCCGACAGAUUGUUGCGGCUGCCCAGCGUAGGCAGGCCACAAAGCCAGGAAAGCAGCGACUUCUGGACACCGCUCAACAACAUGCUGCCAGCAGCGAUGCCCAGCCCAGAAGGUCUGAGUUUGCGAGGGGGGCUGCAGAGAUUGGAAGGGGUAUCUCUGCGACAAUGGCCAAGCUGGAAAAGCUAGCACAGCUGGCCAAGAAGAAGACUCUUUUCGAUGACAGGCCGGUCGAAAUCAACGAGUUGACCUUUGUCAUCAAGCAAGACCUGUCUUCGUUGAACGAGAAGAUCAGGAACCUGCAAGAUCUCUCUAGACGUCUGCACCCGAAGCCCGACCAAGAAGGGGAGAACAACAAAAACAUUCUCCUGCUCCUACAGGGCAAGCUGGGAGAUGUUGGUGCUAAUUUCAAGGACGUGCUCGAAAUCAGAACCAAGAACAUUCAGGCGUCGCGGUCGAGGACCGAGAACUUUGUCUCGUCAGUAGGUCAGCACGCACAUGCUUCCUUGCAACAAUCUGCGUCACCUCUGUACGGCACGCCUAGUAGGGGAACGCCAGCACCAGGGCAGCAAGAUCUGAUCUCGCUGAACCCGAUGGGAGAUCAGCAGAUGCAGCUCCAGAUGUUGGAGGAAGGCCAAAACACCUACGUCCAACAACGAGGGCAAGCGAUCGAGGCCAUCGAGUCGACUAUCAAUGAGCUGGGUUCCAUUUUUGGGCAGCUCGCGGCCAUGGUCAGCGAACAAUCUGAGAUGAUACAAAGAAUUGAUGCCAACACAGAGGACGUGGUAGAGAACGUCGAAGGCGCGCAAAAAGAACUGCUCAAAUAUUGGAGCCGUGUUUCAAGUAAUAGAUGGCUCUUAGCCAAGAUGUUUGGUGUUUUGAUGAUUUUCUUCCUUCUCUGGGUAUUAAUUGCCGGGUAGACGGCAGUUGUGGCGGCGUUUCAGUAAUAUUAUACUUCUUCUUUAUAAUGCAUGCAGAGGCGUCUCUUGUAGACUUUAUGCAUUAAUUAUACAAUUUCUCUUCCUCAUGAAGAUGCGGUUCUUUUUUUGCAUGCGCUCUUCCAUGUCCUUUCACUGUUCCACAACAUAACCUCUUGCAAGGCUGAUAGAGCUCAGGUAUACCUCUGGAUGGUCGGUGGGGGCAUUUGAUUAUUUAUACCUACUUGCCGAGGAAGUUGGCUUCAGCAUAGGGAUCAAGACUCAAAGUUCGCUCUCGGUUCAUCUAAGGUCAACAAAUACUUAACCGACGGAAUUCGCUUACGCUAAAUGCCACCAAUAGAGGAACAGGUUUAGACUAAGCACUCCACGCCCCCAGUUCCUGCAACUGUAAUCAUUUCAGUUCCACUCAGCUUCGGUACCUGGAACUAAUGCUCUCCGCUCGAGCCCCAGAAAGAAACCCAGAGCAAGCGAACACGACGGAUCCACUCGGCCACUCACUGUUACCACUAUCUAUAGUAGAGCGGACCGACACCACAGCAAGGUCUCAUUCCGACAGAGGGGCAAUCGUUCCGCCGAGGCCCUUGUUAGAUUCAGCCAAGUUUCGCGGGGUAAGACAGAAGCCCCGAGUGCCGUAUUUCUGGACGCCUCAAACCCAAGUUCACGAUGUUCGAGUUACACAAUGGCGUGUCGAUGUUCCGUUGUUACUUCCAUCCACGCUGUCCAUGAAUAAUUACAGUCGGAAUUUCAGGUCUCAUGAUUACCUAGUCAGGUACAGACAACAUGAAGAAAAAGAAUCAUUACAAACAUGUAGCUUUCUCGGAAUCGAUAACACCAUAACUAUCCCCCACGCUCUAACGCCGAUUGCCAUUUAGCCGA